UUGACAAACAAACAGUCUCGAGAUUCACAUGAGAGUUCAUGCGGGAGAGAAAUUGUUCACAUGUAAUCAAUGUGGAAAAACAUUUUUGUGGGCUUCAACCCUGAAGAGUCACCUGAAAGUUCAUACGAAGGAGAAACCACAUUUAUGUUCUUUGUGUGGAAAGAGUUUUUCACUGCUGCAGAAUUUAAAACUUCAUCAUAAGAUACACACUGGUGUGAGAGAUCAUAUGUGCUUUGAGUGUGAGAAGACUUUUAUUACAGCUACACAUUUGAAACGGCACCAGAGGAUGCACACUGGAGAGAAACCUUACACGUGUGAUCAGUGUGGUAUGAGUUUCAGACAAAAAACUAAACUUAAGGUGCACAUGAACAUCCACACUGGAGAGAAACCAUUCACAUGUGAUCAGUGCGGGAAGAGUUUUGCAGAAUCAGCAAAGCUGAAGAAACACAUGAACAUCCACACUAGAGAGAAACUGCAUGAAUGUGAUCAAUGCGGAAAAACAUUUUUGUGGUCUUCAGGCCUGAAGAGUCACCUGAAAGUUCAUUCAAAGGAGAAACCACAUUCAUGUUAUGUAUGUGGAAAGAGAUUUUCACAUCUGCAGAAUUUAAAACUCCAUAAGAAAAUACACACUGGUGUGAGAGAUCAUAUGUGCUUUGAGUGUGAGAAGACUUUUAUUACAGCUACAGAAUUGAAAUAGCACGAGAGGAUCCACACUGGAGAGAAACCUUACAUGUGUUCACACUGUGACAAGAGAUUCAAUCAAUCAGAAACCCUGAAAAGACAUGAGAAGAUCCACACUGGAGAGAAACCUUACACAUGUGAUCAGUGUGGGAAGAGUUUCAGACAUAAAGAUCAACUUAAGGUGCACAUGAGAGUUCAUACCGGAGAGAAACCAUAUCACUGCACUGCAUGUGGGAAGAGUUUUGCUCAAUUAAUUUCUUUACAAAAGCAUACAAAAAAAAUUCACAGUAAAUAGAUUAUCUUCAGAUCCAGCAUUGUCAGGUCUGACACCAAAUCCAAA